AUGUCUGAUAGAACGAGCAUGUCAACUAAUCGAUCUCAAUUAGACCGCCUGGUCAAGGAGCGCGACGUAGACUGCCUGGUCGAGGAGGGCGACGAAGACCGGGAGCGCCUCUUCUUCGAGCCCGGCGCGACGAGUUUCGCGCUGGCGGAGGCAGAAUCAGGCGGCGGAGGUAGAGAAUCAGAGCGCGGCGGCAGCGUGGCGUUGGUGGCGGCGAUGAAUUCGAGGGAUCCGUUCCUGGAUUUUAGGGCUUUGAUGGCGGAGAUGGUGGAGGGCGGCUGGGAGAUGGAUUGGGGGUUCUUGGUGAAGAUGAAGAACCUAAUUAAAACACGAAAUUACCAUUAUACCCUUUCAUAA